GCGCUGACGUCGUGCACGCGGUUGUAGCUGCCAGGCGGCGGGAGAAGCCGCGCCAGCGCCAAGGGACGUGCGUCUGCGCUCGCUUGGUCAUGGAGGCGCUGCCGCUGCUACAAGUUGCGACGAUUCCGGCCCCUGGUCGGAAUCGAAAGCUCUUGCUGCUGCCGCUGCUGCUGUUCCUGCUGCAGGCUGGGGCUCUGUGGGGCUUGGAGGCCGAGGAGAGGCCCCGGACCCGCGAAGAGGAAUGCCACUUCUACGCGGGUGGACACGUGUACCCGGGGGAAGCAUCCCGGUUAUCCGUUGCAGACCAUUCCCUGCACCUAAGCAAAGCCAAGAGCAUCGAGGAUGUUGUGCAAACUGAAACACUUCCUGAAACAUCACAAAGUGCCUGCAGCGUGUCCCAUCUCUUUUCCAGUUCUUUUUCAAUUUCUAAGCCAGCACCUUAUUGGGAAGGAACAGCUGUGAUAAACGGAGAAUUUAAGGAGCUCAAGUUAACUGAUUAUCGUGGGAAAUACUUGGUUUUUUUCUUCUACCCACUUGAUUUCACCUUUGUGUGUCCAACUGAAAUCAUCGCUUUUGGUGACAGAAUUGAAGAAUUCAGAUCUAUAAAUACUGAAGUGGUAGCAUGCUCUGUUGAUUCACAGUUUACACAUUUGGCCUGGAUUAAUACUCCUCGAAGACAAGGAGGACUUGGGCCAAUGAGGAUUCCACUUCUUUCAGACUUGACCCAUCAGAUCGCAAAGGACUAUGGUGUAUAUCUGGAGGACUCAGGCCACACUCUUCGAGGUCUCUUCAUUAUUGAUGACAAAGGAAUCCUAAGACAGAUUACUCUGAAUGACCUUCCUGUGGGUAGAUCAGUGGAUGAGACACUGCGUUUGGUUCAGGCAUUUCAAUAUACUGACAAACAUGGAGAAGUCUGCCCUGCUGGCUGGAAACCUGGUAGUGAAACAAUCAAACCUGAAGAUGCCAUGAAAGCCUGGUGGCCAAGAGAAGAGCUAUAAUCCCAGAUCCAGCUGGAAAACUGAAGUAUUUCGAUAAACUGAAUUGAAAUACUUGUUCAAGUCAUGAUGCUUGAAACUUCUCAAUAAAGCUCACGGUUU